AUGCAUAUCUAAUUAAGUACCGGUACAAUAAGAAAAUAUAAAUAGAGAAGUAAAAAAAUUAUAUUGAACAUAGACAACGGAGAGCCGAGAUGGACCACCUUAACAGUUCGAAGAAGACGGAGAUUAUUUUAAACUUGUCUUGCCAGGAUGUUCAUGUCUUUCCUACAAACACAAAUUCACAAAUACAGCCGUACAUGUGUACUCAUCUGGACCUAAGUGGAAAUCAUCUAAAACACGUAUCAGACGACGAAAUAUGGCAUUUUCUCAACUUGACUACUCUCGAUCUCUCCUCAAAUCAACUAGAAUAUCUUCCGUACGGAUUAUGUAACCUUUCACAACUAAAAGUAUUGCUUGUUAGAAAUAAUGUUCUCCGUGAGUUGCCUCAAUCGGCCCAAUGUAUAACCUCGUUAGAAAUAUUGAAUAUCAGUGGUAAUGAACUGGAUCAGUUUCCAAUGCAAGUACUACAUUUACCACGAUUAAAACAACUUCAUCUUGGGGGGAAUCGAAUUCCUUAUAUACCAAAGGAGAUCAGCCAAAUGACAAGUUUGGAAAAUCUGUAUUGUGGUGGCAAUAAGUUGAGUCAAUUGCCUGUGGAAUUAGGAAAAUUGAAAAGUCUUAAGGUUCUGAAUUUGUGUGAUAACCAUAUCACCAUUUUACCGAAAGAGCUUGCCAAACUCUCCCAACUCGAAUCAUUGAGUUUACAUAACAACAACUUGACUGCACUACCAAUUGCAAUUGUGAAGCUGAAAAAUCUUCAGGCUAUCAGCGUACGUGGGAAUCCUUUAGUUAUUCGGUUUGUCAGAUCUCAAUUUUCCAACUUGCCUAGUUUACAGGAGCUUGCAGGAAAGACAAUAAAAAACAACCGAAUUGAUUACUCUGUGGAAAAUCUUCCUACAUUUUUAGUAAAAUACCUUGACAGUGCAAGGAAGUGUGUCAAUCCAAGGUGUCGUGGUGUUUUCUUUGAUUCUUGCAUUCGCCAUAUAAAGUUUGUAGAUUUUUGUGGUAAAUACAGGCUGCCAUUUGAACAAUUCUUGUGUUCUCCUCAUGAUAAUGAACAUUGGGAAGAUUUGGCAAGUGGUAGCAGUACUUGCAGCAGCAGUGAUGAUGAUGAUUCAAGUGUUGAACCAUCUUGGAUGAAGAAAAUUCUAUUGGGUUAAUAAAAUAUAACUGCUGUUUUAUGUAAUUUUUCAGUUAUUAUAACUGUAAAAAAUCACCCCCAAAAGACCCAAAGAUAUAGAAUAUUCUCUACUCCUUGAUUGAAUGUAAUACCUGAAAUUGGUUGGUAGCAAUGAACAAAGCAUUUCCAACAUAUGUCUUGAUGUACUAAUUGAAUGACAGCUAGGAUAUAUAUAAAAUAAUCUCAGCCAUGGAAUUUCAUCCUCGCCUUGGUUUGUAAAUGGCUUAUGUAAUUCUAGCCUCUUUUUUAUAAGAACCAGUUUAAUAAGAACAUUGAGCCUGAAUUUUUAAAAAAUAGUUCAAAAUAAGAAAAAUUGGACUGGAAGGGUAAUGAUACACCUAAUCUUGCAUGAAUUGUUGUUUAGGUAAAGUUUAUCUGAAAGGCAAGUAAUAUACCCGCCCCAGACUUAGAGAAGUACGUACAAUACUGAAUUCGAGGCAUCACACAAUAAAUUUUUAGCGUUAGCGAAUCAAAUUGCUCAUUUUAUUAGCAUAUUAGGCAUAUUGGAAGGUAA